AUGGCGCCCUCCUCAGUAUCACCAGCCUCAACAACGACGAGGUCAUCCCUGAGAUCCCCUCCGAAAGAAAGCUCCCCGGAGCCAAUCAUCAACGACAAUCCUGCCAUCCAGAGCUACUACCAAUCCUUCGAAUCACGCAUCGGCUACCGUCUGCUCCUCGGCGGCACACGCCACUUCGCCUACUGGGACCACGACACGUACUUCCCCUUCCCCCUCGGCCCGCCCCUCCGCCGCAUGGAGGACAAGCUGCUCGAGGCCCUCGCGCUGCCUCGCGGCGCCACCGUCCUCGACGCCGGCUGCGGCGUCGGCCACGUCGCGCUGCACAUGGCGCUGCGCGGCGGCCUGCGCGUCCAGGCCAUCGACAUAGUCGACCACCACGUCGCCAAGGCGCGGCGCAACGUGCGCGCGGCGGCCCUCGCCCCCGGCACCGUCACCGUCCGCAAGAUGGACUACCACCACCUCAAGCCCGCCAUCGCCGACGCCUCGCUCGACGGCGUCUACACCAUGGAGACGCUCGUCCACGCCACCGACCCGGCCGCCGUGCUCGCGGGCUUCCGCGCGGCGCUGCGGCCCGGCGGCCGCAUCGUCCUCUUCGAGUACGACCAUGACCUCGACGCUGCUGCUACAGCCGGCGGCUGGAUGGCCGCCGAUAUGCGCAGGGUCAACGAGCUGGCGGGCCAUGCCUACGUAUCAGGCGGCGCGGCCGGGCUAUUUCAGGGGGCUGCUCGAGGAGGCCCGGCUUUUGAGGAUAUCGUCGAGCGGGAACUAUAG